ACACUACGAUUCUCAGAGCUUCAACCGGUUCUGAUCUACAUCUGUCUUACGUUUUUGCAAGAUGGAAGCCCUCGACACGUUAUCCAUGGCGCCUCCGGGCUCCAUGUCGCUGGCAACCCAGGUCGGAGGUCACGGCGGCGUGAUGAGCGAUGCCAGUGGUAGUAUCGUCAUGAAGCCCGCUACCACUCGGGAAAUUGCCUUCUACCAACUCCUAUCAUCCGCACCGAACCCAGCUCGACCUACCGCUUCUUCUACGAUCAAUCCUUCAGAUGUUCAACAAGGACCUACUACGAAAUACGACCGUCUGUUGCAACGUCAACUUCUGGGAGAGCUAAAACGGUUCCUGCCUCGAUUCUAUGGCACUCUUCGGUUGGAAGGUCAGGUGGGAAAGGAAGGCGGGGUUACACCCGUAGGAGAGACGCCCGAGUCCAUCGUCCUGCAAAACUUAUCCGCUCCUUACGUCCGUCCUUGUAUCCUGGACAUCAAACUCGGGACGGUCCUCUACGACCGAGACGCUAGCGAAGAAAAAAAGGCGAGGAUGGAGAAACGGGCCAAGGAGGGAACGAGCUUUGAGACUGGCGUCAGGAUGACCGGUUUCCAGAACUGGGAUCCCGUUAGCAAAGAAAUGAUCGUUACGGACAAGGCAUACGGAUACGCAUUGACUGUCGACCGUCUUCCUGAGGGGUUCGCCAAAUUCUUCCCUCUACCCGGACAGAAUCAGACCGACGAUAGAGCCGAGCCUGCUCGUGCGGUACAAAGUGAGGAAGCCGAACCGGUCGUACAAGAGGGACAAGUUCCUGUCGAAGCUGGAUCGUCCUCUGCCGACUCUACCAACAUCACACAUGCUACUACUUCGUCGAGCUCGACCGAAGCCUACAAGCACUCGCUCGUGCGAGUCCUCCGAGCGUUACAUCGAAGCAUCUCGGACCUGUACGCCCUGCUCGACCGACUCGAAAUCAGAUUCAUCGGCGCCUCCCUCUUGAUCGUCUACGAAGGCGACCCUGAGGCUCUGGAGACCGCUUGGAAAAUCGUCGACGAGGAAGAGAAGAAGGACGGGUCGACCGGGUUCGGCCUUUUGGACAAGGUUCCUCCUCGACGACGCCGGGCCAACGACGGUGCUCCGGAUCACGACCACGAACGAGACGACACGGAUGAUGACGAGGACAACGACGCAGACGAGGAAGAGGACGAGACCCGACCGAGGCCGUUCACCGCGAGGAUCAUCGAUUUCGCGCAUACUCGGUUGGUCCACGGGGAGGGCAAGGACGUCGGAUUUUUGAAAGGGUUGGAGACGGUGUUGAGACUGAUUGAGGGAAGGUUGAACGAGCUGGAAAGCUCGCGAUAG